AUGAGUUCAACUAAAGAAGAAACUAUUGCAAAAGUAGUUUCAAAUGUUGAUGAUGGUGUUAUAUUUAUAACUCAAGCUGCAAAAUCAGUUGAAUCUCCGUUCACUAAAUUAUUUCCAAAUGGUCAAAGAUUAAUUAAUUCAAAUAAUCCGUAUGCAACUAUAGAAAAUUAUUUAUAUCAAAGAAAUUUGAAAAAUGAAGAAGAAUCAAUCGAUUCAGAAGUGAUAACAGUUACUACAGAUGGUAAAACUUUAUUGGAAAAUCUACCAACUUUAUCAUUAUCUCCAUUUAAGACCAACAAAGUGGUAAACCAUGUUUUAAUUGAAAAUUCUGACUUUGCGGUAGUCACUAGUAUCAAAGGUUUGAAUUUUCCAAUUUUAAUUUCACAAAACAUAGAAGAUGUAUAUUCAUUAUCAAAUUUAGCUUAUAAUAUUGCAGAAAAAUUAAAUACAACAGUAUUCCAUUUUUUCACCAAUUCAACUUAUGGGUCAAAAAAAUCGACAAAAGUCGAUUUUUCAAAUGGUGUCUAUUUGAAAGACUUAGAAAGUUUAUCAUUAGACAAAAUCUAUAAUAACUUUAAUGUUAAACAUUUUGAAGUGGUAAACAAAAUUACAAAACAAAAGGACGCUAUAUUAUAUUUGGGGCAAUUAAAUGAUGAUUUAAUAAAUGCUGCAACUAAGGCUAAUGUUUUGUUAAUAAAUACAAAAAUUUAUCAACCAUUCCAAUUAAAUAAAUUAUUGAGUAUCAUACCGUCAACUAUCGAGACCUUGACAAUAGUGCAACAAUCUACUACAUCAUUCAGUAAUUUUUCACCAUUAUUACUAGAUUUCUUUACUGAUUACGUUAAAUUUCAAACAUUGAAAAACUUUACUACUAUUGUUUCUGCAACAUUUGGUCAAGAAAUUACUAGUUAUACUGAAGUUUUAAGCAAAAUUGUCGAAAAUGUAAAUACAGCAAAACCAACUCCAAAUUUGACAUUUGGUAAAGUUGGUAAAGAUAUUGAUACUAAAUCAUCUAAAGAAUAUGUUGAAGCUGCAUCAAAAGCACAUAAUUUGGAACAAGCUUAUCUUAAAGUUAUACAACAAAUCAAUUUGCCAAAUAUAGUUAAUGUUUUAAAUGAAUUUGAUGCCGAAAAUAUUGGUUUACAAACCAAUCCCGAAUUUGGUUUUGGUUCAUUUUUAUACGAUCAAGAACAACAAGAAAAUUUAAUCAAUUUAGUUUCCAUAGCAAUUAAGAAAAAUGAUUUUAAAACUAUUGAUAAUUCAAAAUUAAUUGAUUUAUUAUCUAGAUGGUUAAUUCAAGUUAAAGAAAAGGGUCAAGUUGAUCAUAGUUUCCCAUUAGAAAUAAAAGAAUUGUUAAAAACUGAUGAAACUUCAACUACAAGUAAAGAAUUAUUAGCAUUAUCUGAUUAUUUCCAUACUGCUAAAAAUUGGUUAAUUGGUUCAGAUGCAUGGUCAUAUGAUUUAGGUUCAUCUGGUGUUCAUUCAGUUAUAACUUCAAAUAAAAAUAUAAAUAUGUUAAUUAUUGAUUCAGAACCAUAUGAAGAAAAAUCAAAAGAUAAAACAAUUAAUGGAUUCCGUAAAAAAGAUGUUGGUUUAUAUGCUAUGAAUUAUGGUGGUUGUUAUGUUGCAUCAGUUGCUAUUUAUUCAUCAUAUACCCAAGUUUUACAAGCUUUUAUUGAAGCUGAAAAAUUCAAUGGUCCAUCGAUUGUUUUAGCUCAUUUACCAGAUAAAUCAGAAAAUGAUGAUACUUUGAAAAUUUUACAAGAAACUAAAAAAGCAGUUGAUAGUGGAUAUUGGCCAUUAUAUAGAUAUGAUCCAAGUAUUGAAAAUGAUGAUGAUAUUUUCAAAUUAGAUUCGUCAAAUUUAAGGAAACAAUUACAAGAUUUCUUGGAUAAAGAAAAUAAAUUAACAAUGUUGGCUUCUAAAAAUCCAUUAUUAUCAAGAAACUUAACUUCAAAUGCAAAUACAGAAAAUAAGAUUAAACAACAAAAAAUUGCUGAUGAAUCUUAUGCUAAAUUAUUACAAGGAUUAUCUGGUCCACCAUUGACUAUUGCAUUUGCAUCUGAUGGUGGUAAUGCUGAAGCUUUAGCUAAAAAGAUUAAUAGACAAGCUAUUGGUAGAGGUUUAAAAUCUGUUGUUCUACAAAUGGAUGAUAUUUCAGUUGAAGAUUUACCAAAUGAAACUAAUAUUGUAUUUGUUACUUCAACUUCUGGUCAAGGUGAAUUUCCAACAAAUGGUAAACAAUUCUGGGAUGCAAUUAAAAAUUCAAAUGAUUUAGAUUUAUCAACAAUUAAAUUUUCAGUAUUUGGUUUAGGUGAUUCUCAAUAUUGGCCAAGAAAAGAAGAUAAACAUUAUUAUAAUAAACCAGCUAAAGAUAUACAUGCUAAAUUAAAAUUAUAUGGUGGUGUUGAAUUAGCUGAAAUUGGUCUAGGUGAUGAUCAAGAUGCUGAUGGAUUUUCAACUGGAUUUAAUGAAUGGAUUCCAAAAAUUUGGACAGCAUUAGGUGUUGAUAAUGUUGAAGGUGUUGAAGAGCCAAAACCAAUAACUAAUGAAGAUAUGAAAAUUGGAUCAGAUUAUUUAAGAGGUACAAUUGCAGAAGGUUUACAAGAUCAAUCUACUGGUGCAAUUUGUGCUGUUGAUCAACAAUUGACUAAAUUUCAUGGUAUUUAUAUGCAAGAUGAUCGUGAUAUAAGAGAUGAAAGAAAAGCACAAGGAUUAGAACCAGCUUAUGCAUUUAUGGUUAGAGUUAGAUUACCAGGUGGUAUUGCAACACCUCAGCAAUAUUUAAAGAUGGAUGAAUUGGCAGAUGUAAGAGGUAAUGGAACUUUAAAAUUAACCACAAGAGCUACUUUCCAAUUACAUGGAGUUGUUAAACAUAAUUUAAAACCAGCAAUUAGAGGUAUGAAUUCUGCAUUAAUGGAUACUUUAGCAGCUUGUGGUGAUGUCAAUAGAAACGUUAUGGUUAGUGCAUUACCAGAAAAUGCUAAAAUUCAUAAACAAGUUAGUGAUCUUGGUGCAUUAAUUUCAGAGCAUUUAUUACCUAGAACAACUGCUUAUCAUGAAAUUUGGUUAGAAGGUGAAGAUGAAGGUGAUAAACCAGGAGAUUCAAAAGCAUGGGAAAAUAGAAAAGAAGGUCCAACUAAAAAGAAAACUUUAGUUGCAGGUAAUGUUUUAGCUGAUGUUGAACCAAUGUAUGGUGUUACUUAUUUACCAAGAAAAUUUAAAAUUGUUAUAACUGUUCCUCCUUAUAAUGAUGUUGAUGUUUAUGCACAUGAUAUUGGUUUAAUUGCAAUUGUACAAGAUAAUGAAGUUAUUGGUUUUAAUGUUUUAGCUGGUGGUGGUAUGGGUUCUACUCAUAAUAAUAAAAAAACAUAUCCAAGAACUGGUUCAAUGUUCGGUUAUAUUCCAAAAGAUCAAAUUCAUAUUGCAUGUGAAAAGAUAAUGUUAGUACAAAGAGAUUUUGGUGAUAGAACCAAUAGAAAACAUGCAAGAUUGAAAUAUACUAUUGAUGAUUUAGGUGUUGAUGUUUUCAAAGCUAAAGUUGAAGAAUUAUUAGGAUAUCAGUUUGAAGAACCAAAACCAUUUAAAAUUGAAAGUAAUAUAGAUUAUUUUGGAUGGACUAAAGAUGAAUUAGGCUUCAAUCAUUUCACUGCUUUCAUUGAAAAUGGUAGAAUUGAAGAUACUGUUGAAUUACCACAAAAAACAGGUUUAAGAGAAAUUGCUAAAUAUUUACUUGAAAAUAAAAAAUCUGGUGAAUUUAGACUAACUGGUAAUCAACAUAUUUUAGUUUCAAAUGUUAAAGAUGAAGAUUUAUUUGAUAUUAAAGAUUUAUUAAAGAAAUAUAAAUUAGAUAAUACUGAAUUUUCAGGUUUAAGAAAAUCAUCAGCUGCUUGUGUUGCUUUCCCAACUUGUGGUUUAGCAAUGGCUGAAUCAGAAAGAUAUUUACCAGUUUUAAUUACAAAAUUAGAAGAUGUUUUAGAAGAUAUAGGAUUAAGACAUGAUUCAAUUGUUAUGAGAAUGACUGGUUGUCCAAAUGGUUGUUCACGUCCAUGGGUUGCAGAAGUUGCAUUAGUUGGUAAAGCAUAUGGAGCAUAUAAUUUGAUGCUUGGUGGUGGUCAUCAUGGUCAAAGAUUAAACAAGAUUUAUAGAUAUUCUAUUAAAGAAGAUGAAAUAAUAAGUAUAUUAUCAGACUUAUUUAAAAAAUGGAGUGUUGAAAGAAAUCUUAAAGAACCAUUUGGUGAUUGGUGUAUUAGAGCAGGUGUUAUUGCUGAAACUACAGAAGGAAGAAAAUUUCAUGAUGAUAUUCCUGUUGAUGCAUAG